AUGACUUCAUCUCGAAUCUUGAUUUAUGUCCUUCGUCGUGAUUUGCGAUUGGCUGAUAAUCCAAUAUUGCACGAAGUCUCUCGCGUUCUUCGAUCUUCCCAGAAUGCUUCUUUUACUCAUCUACUACCUCUUUAUGUAUUUCCAGCUCAGCAAGUUGAAGUAUCGGGCUUCCUAUCCCCAGGCACAACAGACUCUCCCUAUGCAGAAGCUCGAUCGAAGGUCGGUGGCUUCUGGAGAACAGGACACCAUCGUGUUAAAUUCCUCGCCGAAAGCGUAUGGGAUACGAAGAGUUCCUUGGAGAAAGUCGGCAGCGGACUGGAAAUUCGCGUGGGCGUAACAAGUGAAGUUAUCAAGGAUAUGCUAGAGGCAUACAAAACACUUGAUGGGGAGGUGUCCGCCGUUUGGAUGACAGAGGAGGAAGGUUGGGAGGAGAAGCAGGACGAGGAAAAUGUGCGAACCGUGGUUGAGGCAGAGGGUAAAGAAUUCCAACUUUGGAAGGAUGAGAAAUAUUUCAUUGAUGAUAUUGAUUUGGGGCCCAGUCGAGAUAUACCAUUCCAAGAUCCGAAAGAAUUGCCGGAUGUGUUUACUUCAUACCGAAAGAUGGUUGAGCCGCUUCGUGAGGCUCCUAGAAAAUCUGUCCCGCCGCCGUCACAAUUGCUCCCGCUGCCAGACUCAAUCCCCCCGCAAUCAUCGCCUUUUGUUCAGCCAUCCUCGCUUGAAAAUCUCAUAGCAGCACUUGAGAAACCUCUCCAUAAUGACGACGAGCUCGAACAUCCACCGAAAUGGCCGAAUGGCGCAAAUUCAGCCUUUCCCUUCAGCGGUGGUGAAAAAGCAGGUCAUGAGCGCAUCAAGCACCUCGUAACUUCCGGGAGCAUGAGCGCUUACAAGGACACACGCAAUGGCCUCUUGGGCGAAGAUUUCAGCACGAAACUUGCCGCAUGGCUAGCAUUGGGCUGCAUCACCGCGAGACAGGUCCAUGAGUACCUUCUAGAAUUUGAAGACGGUUCGAGCGCUCUCGGCAGUGACGCCAUUGGCUAUGGCAAUGGUGAAAACAAAGGCACUGCCGCUGUCCGGUUCGAACUCCUUUGGCGUGAUUAUAUGCGGCUGUGCACACGCAAGUUUGGCGCACGAUUAUUUCAUAUUGACGGCUUCCGGCACGGCAAGUCUGUCCCCUGGAAAUACGUUGAUGGUGCCGAAAGGAAAAACAAGAGACGCCAUAGCAACAGCGCCGUUGAUGCCGCUGAGGCUCUGCAGCGCUUUCUCGAGGGCCGAUCCGGAACAGGUCUCAUUGACGCAAGCAUGCGUGAACUGUAUCUGACGGGCUACACCUCAAAUCGGGCUCGUCAAAAUGUUGCGAGCUUCUUAGCCAAGCAUCUUCGGAUUGACUGGCGCCUAGGUGCUGAAUGGUAUGAGACACAACUUGUCGAUUAUGAUGUCAGCAGCAACUGGGGGAACUGGCAAUAUAAUGCCGGCGUGGGGAAUGACCCGCGAGGUGAAGGUCGCGUGUUUAACCCCAUUAAACAGGCCUUUGACUACGAUCCGCAAGGGGAGUACGUGAAAACAUGGGUGCCUGAACUGAGAGAUGUUGAGGAUCCUUUAGCUGUGUUCCAAGCAUGGAGGCUUCCUGUGGAUCAGCGAAAAGCUUUGGGACUGGAGGGAGUCGAAUGGGUGGAAAAUCCACUGAAGCGUAUUGACUUUUAUGUUAGCAAGCCGUCUAAAGGUUCCGGAACCUUCGCGAGUGGCAACCGCAAUCGUCAGCAGGAAGGGCAAGGAAGGAAUGACCUGAAUGAUGAAGCGAAUGCUGCUGAAGAAGCCCAAGGUACUAGCAGAGGGAGCAGCAAUCAUCGUCGUGGAAGAGGAUGGGGGCGGGCAAGGGGCAGGGGCAGGGGUAGGAGCAGAGGUCGAGGCGGUGGACGUGGCGGUUCAAAGGGACAUACAACUGAUGAAACCCCGCGCCGCAAGCAAAAUAUGGGGCGAAUGGAUAAUGCCGCGACUUUGGAAGAGGCUAUUGCUUGA